AUGUAUUCUUCUCAGACGCCAAGUUUUACCGCCGAAUUUAUCAAAGAAGAACCCGGAAAGCCAGUCCCCCAGAAGCCCGUCCGAAGAAGGGGCCUGAAUGAUCAGAUAAAAUGGGUGAAGGCGUGGAUGUCAAAGUUACCUCAAGGGGAUGAGGAUUGGGACAACAACAAACCUUCGACGCUAGAGGACAUUCUCCGUCUGCGUGAUCGUUUGACCAUCUCUCACGUUGAGUCGCGUCGGGACAUGGACUGGCUAGCUCUUCUCGAGACCUAUGCCGCUGCUUCCAAAGACUUUGAGGGACGAGAAACUCAGCUUCACUGCAUGGUAAUGGUCGCAGCCUGUCACGUGGCUCAUGAUCAAGGCCGUACCAUAAACGAGGUUAUGGAUGCCAUGGCUAAAUGCGUUACUGGAGGCAGUGAUACUCUUAGAUCCAAGCGAUUUGCACUACCCAAGUGUGUACAGAUUGGCGAUGAACUUGCUAAAGUACUGGGACCACGGGCGUAUGAGCUCCCAUUGAGAGUAAACUCGUAUUUUACUUUUGGCCAGCACUUUACCGUCGAAUGCUUCCCGAUACUGCGCAGAGAGUCUGCUUUUGCGCAUCGUCCAAACAACAAACUGCCCUCAGACUUACUCCGAAUUCCAAAUCUCGUCUAUGAACUCUGUGACGGGAAGGUUAGUCUACAACAAAUCGAAAAGGCCCUAGAGCCAGGCGGUGCGAAGGCCAAGGCGAGAUCGAAGUCACAGACGAAGUCGAAGGCGAGGUCGACGGGAAGCCCAGACAGCACCUGGAGUGUCGUUUCCAGCGCGAAUACGGAACACGAUAUGAUACAUAUCAUGAAAUAG